AAUACAUCCGCCUCCCAACCCUGCCACGCUUUAUACGCGUGAUCAGAUCUCUUUUCUAUCAUUGAUUUGAUUGUCGUGCAUUCGAAUUCGUUGAGGAUGAUCAAAAUUGCUGGAACAUCUGCUGUAGCGUUUGCUCGUCGAUCAGCAGCCAUUGUCUCGCAACGAUUCCGGCUGUCGUUUCCGCUGUCUUUUCGGCAUGGGCAUCUCCAACAUCGGUCCCUACAGUUGUCACAAAUCAGAUUUGGUAGUGAAAAAGAGAGUGACUAUCUUCAUCACAGCAGUGUUCCAACCAUGUUUUUCCAGGAUCAUCUACCUCCUCUACCAAGGCCAACCCUUCAAGAAUCUUGCCGACGUUUUAUAGAAUCGUUGUCGCCUUUGGUGUCAGAGCAGGAAAAGGAAACUGCAAAACGGUUAGUGUCAGAGUUUUCCGCUGGAGUUGGAAAGGAGCUACAAGACAAGCUGGAUUCCUUACCUCCCACAUUUGCUCAAGACUACUGUAUACGAGGGCGUGUUUUGGCAAGCAGGGACCCUCUUCCUUGUUUUGGGGCGCUUGGCAUAGAGUUUCCGUUGCUGCGUGGCUUUGGAAAAGACAUGCAAAUCCCAUUAGCAGCAACUACAGUACGAGCUUGUAUUAGAUUUGCAAAUACGCUAAGAGCAAACAAACUACACCCCGAAUUCUGGGAGGUUAAACCACACUUGGAGAAGAUUUUGAGUCAAUUGCAGAACAGUCCUAAGCCAAUAAUGUAUGAAGGGAAAAGAGGCCUACCAAUGAGCAUGACUGAAUAUUCAGUUCUCUUCAAUUCUUGCCAAAUCGCAAGGGUCGGAAAGGACGAAGUGAGAACAUUCGAGGACAGCAAACAUAUUCUUGUGAUGCGAAACGGUCACAUUUAUACAGCAGAUGUUAUCGAUAAAGAUGGUCGCCUGGCAUCCACCAGUCAGAUAUACCAACAGCUACAGCAGAUAGUCGAUGAGACAAAUUCUCUUGCUGACAUUCCAGUUGCAGUAUUGACGACUACAGAACGAGACGACUGUGCCAGAGCCAUGGAAAUGCUGAGAGCAAAGAACGAAAAAUCGUUAAAAUUGGUCGAGAGCGCAAUGUUUGUUUUGAGUUUGGAUGAUGGCGAAGCUCAUACAGGCAAGGAGGUUGUCGAGGCAAUUCAAUUUGGCGAUGGAGGAAACAGAUGGUUUGGCAAAAGCAUUAACUUCGUUGUCGGAAAGUCUGGCUACAUAGGUAUAGUAACGUCGGACUUAGUUGGAGAUGGUAAAGCAUUUGCUGCCCUUGAGCGCUAUUUUGGCCCAGAAUUGUCGCAAGCUGCGCGUAUCGAAGAUGAAUCACGUGAUUUUGCAAAGAAUAGCAUUUCUUGCCUUAAUUUCGUUUGCGAUCCUGAUCUUGUAUCUGAACUGAACGAGGCAAAGAAGAAGUUUAGCUUGCUCAGGGGUGAUCGACCGUUCCACCAAGUGAUCUGCAACGACUUUGACUACGCCCUCAUUAAGGAAAGAAACCUGAGUCCGGACUCUAUUGUAAAACUAACAGCUCAGUUAGCUUUUUACACAAUGCGCAUGCGCUUGCCAGUGGCUACUGACGUUGCAAGUACUGCAUUCUACAAAGAUGGUCAGUCCGCAGAGUCAAUGAUAGUCACUCAAGAUUCUGCAGCAUUCGUUAACGCUGUGGCUAAUGAAGGGGUCGGUGACAAGAAACGUUUGUUCGACCUGCUGACUGCAGCCUCCCUUACUAACCAGAUGAGGAUAUUCGAUACAAUGCAAGGAAAAAUGUUCAAUUACCAUUUUAUGACUCUGGAGUAUCUAGCUGAAGAACUUGGCAAGAAAGUACCAUUGUUUGAAAGCAAAUUGUACGGGAAGGCAACAAUGAACGAAUUUAUUAUAUAUCCUACGGAUUUCAACGAUGAUGAACUUAACUAUUUGCCAUUUGCUAACAUGCAAGACAACAGGAUGUGGGAAGUCUGCUAUGCAAUCGGCCGAUCUUCCGGCAAGCUCAGCGUUGUCACAUGCUUCGUUGACGCUGCUGAGUAUCUCUCUCACAUCAAAUCGGGUCUGAGUACAAUCAUGGAUGUCAUCAAGAAUGGAGCGCAGUAACCAUAAAAUGACAUUGAAAUUGUGGCAUGGACUGCUGAUGUGCAGCAAUAGCGCAAGUAGACUAGUAUAUGGAUGAAGUGUGAUUUUGUCAGUCAACUGAAUAUUUAGCAAUUUAGAUUGAGCUACAUAGUAACGUCCCGGCGAUGUUUAAAACUGUUUUGUCUAGACAUUAAGGGCCGCGCUGUCAUCUAUAAUUCUAAUUAUGUUUCCGGGGGCUUAUCAAUUAGCUGUGGAGGCAAUAUGUUUGAAAUGGAGAAAUUUGCAGGGGUGACUUAAAGAAUUGGGUCAUUUUCUGUUGAAGAUAUAAUUUUUCAGUUUGUUUUUUAUCUGUAUACUAUUGAUUCGUAUGCAAGAACAGU